CUCAGCCAACACUUUAGGUUGGUAGUGAUAGAGAGUCGCUGCAUAGUCAAAAAGCUGUUCAAGAUGUCUCGUGUGAUUCUGGUUGGCGCAUUCGUGUUGUUUUUAUGUGGUUUUCUGGUGUCUGGAGCUCCAACUAAGAAAGAGACACAUUCUGAUCUCCACAUAGAGAAAGAUAACCAUCAUCAUGAAUUCGAUUUGGGUCAUAGGUUCAACGUCAAACGAAUCAACGGUCAAAAUACUCCCCGAGGAGGUUGGAAAAACAACCCAGAAAUAGAGAUAAUCAAAGCAAUACUGUACGCUUCUGUGAGCUUUGAUCCGAUUGUCAUCUUUACAACGUUUCCACAGCCACCUGGCGCUGGCGUUGGUGCUGGAGCAUCUGCCGGUGCAUUUGGUGGAGCAGCUGGCCCAGUUGGACCACCUUCCAGUUUUGGCGGUGCUGCUGGUGUAGAACCACCAGAACAAAUGAUCGAUUACAAAGUAUUGUGUUCGUUGUGUGGAAAAUAAAGCGUGGUUUGUCGAAAUACAUGUGUGUUAUGAUCUUUAAAGUGCUCGUACAAUCUUUGCCGAUACGCCAAAUAUUUGACCUCUUUUGACAGAUACAUACACUCCCGAUCAAAAGUUUGGGGUCACCCCCUCAAAAACAUGUCAUUUUUUCAGGCCCAUAUCUCCGCCAAUUUGCGUCCGAUUUCAAACCCCUAGAUCUCAUUCAAAACAUAAUCAAAGAAACUUUGAACAUGAUUUAAAAGAAACUUUUUCAAAAAAAUUUGUAUGUAAACAUAGUCCAAAGUUGCCAAAUUUUCUAAGAAAAUGAAUAUAAACUUACGGCAGUGUCGCGGGAAAUUGGGUCGACCAAAUUUGAAGAUGAGAGCGGUAAUAUAACCCAUUUUCUAUUAGCUUUCAACUGCUUUUUACAGAACUUAGCUAAACAAUUUAGAAAAAAAGUUAUUGAGUAAA